CGAUCGACGUCAGCCAACUUUCCAUCACUCCGUCGCCAUGUUCAAGCUCCCCCGGCGCGCACGCGCGCCACGCACCGUCGCCGCCCCGGGCGCCCUCCCGCUCCAAGACUACUUCGGCGCGCUGGGAUACCUCGCCCUCCUGUUGGGCGCGUGCAUCGCCAUCCUCCCCCGCUCGACCGACUACUUCCUCAUGACGCCGCACACGCAAAGCGCGAGCGCCGACCGCCCCGAGCACCCCUUCCUCACGCCGAUCACCGCGCACCCCGCCGCGAGCGCGGCGUGGUGCGCCGCCGGCGUCGCGACCACGAUGGUGUGGUGGGGCAACAAAGUUGCCCGGUGGUGGGGUGCGCCGCCGACAUUUGGGGAGCGCUCCCGCGACGCCCUCCUCGCCACGGCCGGCACCGCCCUCCUGCUCUUGAACGUCAUCACGCUCCUCGGCGCGCCGGUCUCGCACAUCCUCGAAUCCGCGCUGCUGGCACUCACGCUCGCGCUCCUCACCGCGUGGCCGGUCGUGUACGUGCUCGGCAUUCCGAGCAUGUACGACGACGGGAUCGUGGGCCGGUGGCGGAUGACGCGGCUCGUGUGCGCGACGGACGCGCACGACGCGCGCGAGCGUGCGCUCGCGUACCCUCUCGCGGGGGCUUUGGUGGGCGCGUGGGCGGGCGCCGUGCCCCUCGCCCUGGAUUGGGACCGGCCGUGGCAGAGCUGGCCGCUUACCCCGCUCGUGGGCGCGCUCGGUGGUUUCGUCGCCGGAGGGUAUUGGGCGUUCACGCAGUCAGCGCUCAAAGCCCUCCACCAGGAUAUCGAGGAGGAGAAGGCGGCCGAAGCCGCCGCGGCCGACACGACCAAGACACCCGCUCGCAAGCGCAAGAACAAGACAAAGUAGACGGCCACGACACCCUCCCUCAUAGCACUACACCCACAACACAAUGCACGAGAUGCAUGGAUAAUGCCAAAAAUGUUCAAUGCGGAAUGAUGGCCUCGGACAACUAAGGAGGAAUAUUCAAUAUACGUGUAUGCCAGAGACAAG